CACGAGAGGCGGGCUCGAGCCAGCUCCUGAAUUUUUCACCCAGAGCUCUGAUAGUUUAGUCUCCACAGCUCGAACGACGCUUUUAAACCGUAUUUAUUAUAAAUUAGACAUUCUAUGUGUAUGUUUUGAAUAUUUGCGGGUUGCUGAAAGGUAGUAAAGUGUUUCUUUUUUGUCAGAAAGGAAAACUGAGGAGAAAAAUAAAUAUGAAUCCCCAGUGUAGCAGAUGUAACAAGAUUGUGUAUCCCACGGAGAAAGUCAACUGCCUGGACAAGUAUUGGCACAAAGGAUGUUUCAGCUGCGAGGUCUGCAAAAUGACUCUAAACAUGAAGAACUACAAAGGCUUUGAGAAGAAACCGUACUGCAGCCAGCACUACCCCAAGACGAGCUUCACCAGCGUUGCCGACACUCCAGAGAACCUCCGACUCAUGCAGCAGAGCAAGGUGCAAAGUCAGGUGCUGUACAAAGAGGAGUUCGAGAAGAAUAAAGGCAAGGGCUUCAGCGCCGUGGCCGACACGCCAGAGAUGCAGAGAAUCAAGAAAACGCAGGACCAAAUCAGCAACAUUAAAUACCAUGAGGGGUUUGAGAAGAGCCGAAUGGGGGGCGAGGCUCCUUCCUAUGAGAGCAACACCGAUAGAGCAUACCAGCCGACCACCCCGACCAGCCCUCAGAACUACAACUACGAGCCGCAGCCCGUUCGCUCUGUCGCAGCUCCACCACCUCCUAGUGGCGGGAAGCGCUACAAAGCGAUCUACGACUACGCCGCAGCCGACGAAGACGAGGUCUCAUUCGCGGACGGAGACGUGAUCCUGGACGUCCAGCAGAUCGACGAGGGCUGGAUGUUCGGCCGAGUCGAGCGCACCGGCAAGCAGGGCAUGCUACCCUCCAACUACAUAGAGGCUAUUUAAUCAGAUCAGGAAGGUAGAAAAGAACACAGGAGACAGGGGUGUAAACUAGAACAGCCCAGGUGCCCUCUCCAUUCACAUGGCUUUCUGUUUUUUUUACUUUCCAGUUCAUUUCACGGUCUGUUUAACUAAGUCUUAACUAAACGCAGAGGAAACUUGAGGCAUCUAUGCUUUGGCUUUUUUAGAAAAACGAAUCGCUAACGUGCUUAGAGGGGAAAACGGCUCCUGUCUGCUAUAUGAGCAUUACUUUUAUUUUUUAACCUUCAGUAUUUUAUUCACGCUCUCUAUCGACAUUCCUGCUGUGAUCGUCUUUGUUAUUUGACCAUAUUUGGACAUAAAAAUGCAGCAGCGAUUUAAUUACAGAAAUCAAUAUUAAAUCUGCAGUUGCUACUGGAAAUAGCAAUCGGCAAUCAUUGCGCAAUCGUUAAUCCUUGAUCAAGUCUUAAUUACACGCUUGUUAUAUCAGUACUCUAUCAGUACGAGUGCUGGCAACCCUUUAAAACUCUUUUUUAUGCACUUUUGGGUGCAAUGUACCAGUUUUAUAAGAAAAAAAUACAUAGUACAUCUACCAUCCUAACAAUAACAUCGACCAUUAACAUGAUUUUGUAUAAUUAUGAGUAUAUAUUCGUACGCGACGUACAUUCUGAUGUUAUUUUGUAAGAAAACAUUCCAAUCCAUGAUUAUAUUGAAUAAUAAAGUAAUAAAUAAAACAA